GUUUUCUGAGCACUUUUAGUUUUUGUUGUGGUUGACUGUCUAUGGACGUAUCUUAUAACAACGAUAUCAUUUUGUCUUUUUUUUAUGUAAUCUUUUUCUUAGUACUGACGUUUGUUUUUCUUAUUGUAUUACUUACUCAAGGGUUUUUCAAAUUGAACAGAUAUACCUUAUAUGAGAAUAAUGAUGAUAUCGUUUAUAGACCGUUGAUAAUGUUCGACAACUAUUAACCGAUAUUGAUUCAUCAUUAAAUCGUCCAUUAUCAGAGAAAAAUUAUGCUUGUGGUUGCGACAUUUACGACUGGAAUCAUCCACAAGAUCCAUUUCAUUUUGUUAAAGCACUAAUAUUACGUGAUCAUUGGUUAUGCGUGGUUACACUGUUCGGAUUUGAAAUUUCAGAAUAUUCAUUAGAAUAUCAAUUACCGAAUUUUGGUGAAUGUUGGUGGGCACCCUCAUGUAAGUUAGAGCAGUAUUAUACUACUAUCGUCGCCAAAACAUAAGGUCCCUCGCUAUUUGUUGAAUAACGUUUUUCAGAUAAAAGCUAGCGACCUAAUAUUUUCAGAUUCAAAAAGUAAAUGAGAGAGGUUUCUAGAAGUUUCUAGGAAACCUCGACCUUCAAAACUUUAAAUUUAAAACUUUUUCCGCUUUUAGCAACUUUUUUAACUUGUUCUGAGUGUCUCGUAAAAAUUUCAGCCAUUUCUGAUCAAAAAUGACUAGUUUAAGGCCGUUGAAACCCUCACGGUCCAUUGGCAAAAACUCGGUUUUUAAGAAAAAAGUUUUAGGCGUCCUCUGAUCAACUCACAAACAAAAAUAAACAUUGCCACGCUGUUCAGCGCACUCGACUACCUAUGUUUCGACCUUUUCCCAGUUUCACAGGCUUGUCCAGACUGGAAUCAGGUUCUGUCCGGAAAACCUGCCUAGCUCUCCGAUCUUGAAAGCUACCGAGCUGAGAGUAGUCUAGAAUUGCAGAUCUUGUUCUAGGCUAUGUUUUGGUCGUCUUGAAAUUGGAAAUUCAACCGUUUUUGGGGGAUUGGCAUCCUUAUCUUUAGAAGGCUCGCAAGGCUUUCCACUU